AUGGAUUUCUCGGAGGCGUACAAGUGCACGGGCCCCGCGCCCGCGCACUCGCCCGACGGGCGCUGCGUGGCCUGCGUCGUCGACUACCGGCUCGUCAUCCGGGACGCAGAGACGCUGCAGGUCCUCCAGCUGUACUCCUGCAUCGACAAGGUAGAACACAUAGAGUGGUCGUGCGACUCGGCGUACGUCCUCUGCGGCCUGUUCAAGCGCGCCACGGUGCAGGUCUGGUCCGUCGACCAGCCGGAGUUUACGUGCACGAUCGCGGAGGGGCCCGCGGGCGUCCGCGAGGCCCGCUGGGGCCCCGACGGCCGCCACGUCAUCACGUGCGCCGACUUCAACCUCCGCCUGGCAGUGUGGAACCUCCGGACCAAGGAGUUCGUGCACAUUCCGUCGCCGAAGACCGGCGCGAGCGGCGUCGCCUUCUCGCCCGACGGCAGGUACAUGGCCGUGCCAGAGCGCCGCGCCUGCAAGGACUACGUGCGGCUGUACGCGUGUGGGUCCUGGGAGCUGCUGGGGCGCUUCAGCGUGGACACGACGGACCUCGCGGGCCUCGCGAUAUCGCCGGACGGCGCGUACAUCGCCUGCUGGGACUCGGAGCUGCAGUACAAGGUGGUGGUGCUGGCGCUCAACGGCUCGCACGUGGCGACCUUCGAAGCGUACCACGAGGGCCUGGGGGUGCGGGCGGGGUGCGCGACGUGGUCGCCGUCGGGGCACGUGCUCGCGGCGGGGUCGUACGACGACACCCUGCGCAUGCUGUCCAACGUCACGUGGCGACCGCUCGCGGAGCUCGACCACCCGGGGCUCGUCGACGGGCCCAUGAACUGCGUCGUGUACGAGGAGGCCGUGGAAGCAGGUCCGGAGGGGGAGCGUUCGCGGUUCGAGGUGAGGGGUCUUCCAGCAGAGAUCCCCAGCCGUCCUGUGCCGGAUGAGUCCCCCGAGGCCCCCCGGGGGGUGUCGCGCGUGGCGUUCAGUCCGUGCGGGCGGUGGGUGGCGAGCACGUCCGCGACGAUGCCGCGGGCGCUGUGGGUGUGGGACACGCACGGCAUGGCGCUGACGGCGGUGCUGGUGCUGGCGGCCGCCGUCACGGACGUGGCGUGGUCGGGCGGCGACGUGGCGCAGCUCGCCAUCACGUCCGGCGGACCGAGGGUGUAUCUGUGGUCCCAGCACGGGGCGUCCUGCGUGCACGUGCCGCUGGGGGGACUCAAGGCGACGCAGGUGUCCUGGUCACCCAACAACGCGUCGUUCGUGCUCGCGGGCGCAAGCAGCUUCUGCUGCGCGUACCUCGCCCCGGACGACGAAGACCAGGGCUGA